UGACAUGCAGGCUCACUCUUUUACAAUUGCACCUUUGAUAACACAUUGCAGUCAUGCCGCCAAAGAAGGCGUCGACGAAGACCGUCAACAAGGCGAAGGACAAGAUCAUGGACGACAAGACGUUCGGUCUCAAGAAUAAGAAAGGCAAAAAGCAACAGGAUUUCAUCGCCAAUGUGCAAAAGUCAAUCGACAGCCGCUUCAAUUCGCGCCCAACGGGCAUGCCACGACGCCCCAAGGACGACGACGACGACUUGGAACGUGACUUGUUCAAGCCGGUGCUCAAUGCUCCCGUCCAGCAGAAAGUCGCCGUUGGCGCCGAUCCCAUGUCUGUUGUGUGCGCCUUUUUCAAGGCGGGCACCUGCCAGAAGGGCAACAAGUGCCGGUUUUCGCACGACCUCGCUCUCGAACGCAAGGGCGAGAAGCGAUCAAUUUAUGGUGAGGCCGCGGCCGAGGGAACGUCAAAGAUGGACGAAUGGAGCCAAGAGCAGCUACAAGAAGCCGUCGAGAAGAAGCACGGCACGGAUAACGCAAAGAAGAACGCCACAGACAUUGUGUGCAAGUACUUCCUCGAAGCCAUCGAGAAGAACUUGUACGGCUGGUUCUGGGAGUGCCCUUCCGGAGAAAAGUGCAUCUACAAGCAUGCCUUGCCCCCAGGCUUUGUGCUCAAACGUGAUGCCAAGCAGCUCGAAAAGGAGGAGAUUUCUCUCGAGGAGCUGAUCGAAUCGGAGCGCGCAAAUCUCGCUUCCAAGCAUGGCGGCAAGUUGACACCCGUCACUCUCGAAAGCUUCCUUGCCUGGAAAGAGAAGCAACUUGCGGCAAAGAAAGAAACUCAAGCCCAAGAAAUGAAAAAGCAAGAAGAAACCGCCAAGGCUGGCCGCGGCUUUGGUCUUAGUGGCCGAACGCUCUUCGCCUUCCGUCCCGAUUUGUUCCAAGAUGACGAUGAAGCCGAUGACGAGACAUACGUCCGCGAAACUGACACAUACAGCGACGAGGAAGAGACACCCCAAGAGGCCGACAACAUUCCCGAGGAAGACGAAACUGCUGAAGACGACGAGAGCGAAGCUGCUGCUUCAUCCUCGUCAGCUGCCGGUCCUUCUUCUGUUGCUAUUGAUGAGUCUCUCUUUGAUGCCGAGGAUGACGACGACGAUGAAGCAUGAUGCUAGCAAUGGAGUCCAUUUAGCUUUGAGAGCGGGUGUUGGUCGCUUUGGUUUCUCGAUUUUUUUUGUUGCUGGUUUGUUUGAUUUUGCAAUAAAUCACUCUGAACACACA